GAUAAUCAUAAUAAUUACUGAGCACAAAAGGUCAUAUAGUAAAUCCCAAGAAGCUGUAUGCAAAACCUAAAGUUAGUUGCAAAAACAGGUCAUUCAUUCAUCAAAAUUGGCAACAAACACAGCUAAACAACAUGGCAGAGCAAAUGGUAGAGCGAGUGGAUGAUCAAGUGGAGCAGAAAAUGGAGGAGGAGCAAGUGAUGGAAAACCAAGUGGUGGAAAACCAAGUGGAGCACGUGGUGGGCCAAGUGGAACAGCAAGUGGAGAACCAAUUGGAGGAUCAGGUGCACGUGGUGGAGCAAGUGGAGCAGCAAGAGGAGGGGGACCAAGUUGUACAUGUGGUGGAGCACCUAGAGCAAACAGAGGACCAAUUGGAGGAUGAUUUUGAAGACGAAAUGGAGCACGUGGUGGAGCACCUAGAGCAAGUGGAAAACCAACUAGAGGACAAUUUUGAAGAUGAAAUGGAGCACGUGGUGGAGCACCUAGAGCAAAUGGAGAACCAAUUGGAGGACGAAUUUGAAGACGAAAUGGAGCACGUGGUGGAGCACCUAGAGCAAUUAGAGUACGUAGAGGAGGACCAAGUGGAGCAAAUCGGGGAUGAGGGGAAGGAUAAUUUGGUAGAGCAAGUAAAAGAGGAACUAACUAUUUAGAGAACACCUCAACCCAAUAUUUUUUACGUCGGACCAAUACUGUGAAAUGUAUCUAACAACUGUCACCAUGCAUGCACUACUUCAGAAAAAUAAGUCAUUUUAACUAAAGA